UCUUCACUCCCCCCCCACCACAAUGUGUGCAAUUACUAUUAUAGGGUCGGUAGAUAAUAAAAUUAUAGCGAUUAGACAGUAUUAUUGUAGCGCGGGGGGGGGGGGUACUGGAACCAGUACCCAGCCUCAGCCGGGUGGGCAAUUUAGGCGAGGCCGGAGGCUCUGCACGGUACUAGGCCUCGACACCCACCACACGACUCUGAGGUAAAUUCAUCAAAGUUUCACGUCCUCUUCACUCCCCCCCCACCCCAAUGUGUGCAAUUACUAUUAUAGGGUCGGUAGAUAAUAAAAUUAUAGCGAUUAAACAGUAUUAUUGUAGCGCGGGGGGGGGGGGGGGGAAUGGCACCCGUACCCAGCCUCAGCCGGGUGGGCAAUUUAGGCGAGGCCGGAGGCUCUGCACGGUACUAGGCCUCGACACCCCACCACCCUACAGCGGAUCGGCGCGCCUCACUAAAACCCUACAACAGAUCGGCACGCCUCACACAAACCCGACAACGGAUCGGCGCGCCUCACUAAAACCCUACAGCGGAUCGGCACGCCUCACUAAAACCCUACAACAGAUCGGCACACCUCACACAAACCCUACAACGGAUCGGCGCGCCUCACUAAAACCCUACAGCGGAUCGGCGCGCCUCACUAAAACCUUACAACGGAUCGGCGCGCCUCACUAAAACCCUACAACGGAUCGGCGCGCCUCACACAAAUCCUACAACGGAUCGAAUUGGUGUGAUGGAGCAAAGGCACUCAGCGCAGCUCGGUAGAAAAAGGCAACAAUGCGACCAGUGCGCAUACAGCACGGAUCGUGCUGGAAAUUUGACACAGCACCAGAAAAUUCACACAGGAGAUAAACCCUUCAAGUGCACUGUCUGUGAGAAGGCAUUUGCACGGUCAUCAGUUCUUCAGAGCCACCAGAGAACACACACAGGAGAGAAACCCUUCGGGUGCACUGUGUGCGGGAAGGUUUUUGCCGAGUCAUCACAUCUUACAUUACACCAGAGAACACACACAGGAGAGAAACCCUUCACGUGCACUCUGUGCGGGAAGCCCUUUUCAGAUUCAUCACAUCUUAAGAAACACCAGAGAACACACACAGGAGAGAAACCCUUCAGGUGCACUCUGUGCGGGAAGCCCUUUGCAGAUUCAUCACAUCUUAAAACACACGAGAGAAUGCACACAGGAGAGAAACCCUUCAAGUGCACUGUCUGUGAGAAGGCAUUUGCACGGUCAUCAGGUCUUCAGAUCCACCAGAGAACACACACGGGAGAGAAACCCUUCAAGUGCAGUGUGUGUGAGAAGGCAUUUUCAUGUUCAUCUACUCUUAAAAGGCACCAGAGAACACACACAGGAGAGAAACCCUUCAGGUGCACUCUGUGCGAGAAGCCCUUUGCAGAUUCAUCACAUCUUAAAAAACACGAGAGAACGCACACAGGAGAGAAACCCUUCAAGUGCACUGUCUGUGAGAAGGCAUUUGCACGGUCAUCACAUCUUCAGAUCCACCAGAGAACACACACGGGAGAGAAACUCUUCAGGUGCCUUUUGUGCGAUAAAGCAUUUGCAAAGUCAUCAGAUCGUGAAAAACACCAAAGAACACACAAAGGAGAGAAACCCUUCAAGUGCACUGUGUGCGGAAAGGCAUUCACACGGUCAUCAUAUCUUCAAAUUCACCAGAGAACACACACAGGAGAAAAACCCUUCAAGUGCACUCUGUGCGGGAAGCCCUUUGCAGAUUCAACACGUCUUAAAAAACACCAGAGAACGCACACAGGAGAGAAACCCUUCAAGUGCACUGUGUGUGAGAAGGCAUUUGCAUGGUCAUCAGAUCUUCAGAUCCACCAGAGAACACACACAGGAGAGAAACCCUUCAAGUGCACUGUCUGUGAAAAGGCAUUUGCAUGGUCAUCAGGUUUUCAGAUCCACCAGAGAACACACACGGGAGAGAAACGUUUCAAGUCCAGUUUGUGUGGGAAGGUAUUUUCAGGUUCAUUUAAUCUUAAACGGCACCAGAGAACACACACAGGAGAGAAACCCUUCAAGUGCAGUGUGUGUGAGAAGGCAUUUGCACGGUCAUCAGUUCUUCAGAGCCACCAGAGAACACACACAGGAGAGAAACCCUUCGGGUGCGCUGUGUGCGGGAAGGUUUUUGCCGAGUCAUCACAUCUUACAAUACACCAGAGAACACACACGGGAGAGAAACCCUUCACGUGCACUCUGUGCGGGAAGCCCUUUUCAGAUUCAUCACAUCUUAAGAAACACCAGAGAACACACACAGGAGAGAAAACCUUCAGGUGCACUGUCUGUGAGAAGGCAUUUGCACGGUCAUCACGUCUUCAGAUCCACCAGAGAACGCACACAGGAGAUAAACCCUUCAAGUGCUCUGUCUGUGAGAAGGCAUUUGCACGGUCAUCAGGUCUUCAGAUCCACCAGAGAACACACACGGGAGAGAAACCCUUCAAGUGCAGUGUGUGUGAGAAGGCAUUUGCACGGUCAUCAGUUCUUCAGAGCCACCAGAGAACACACACAGGAGAGAAACCCUUCGGGUGCGCUGUGUGCGGGAAGGUUUUUGCCGAGUCAUCACAUCUUACAAUACACCAGAGAACACACACGGGAGAGAAACCCUUCAAGUGCAGUGUGUGUGAGAAGGCAUUUGCACGGUCAUCAGUUCUUCAGAGCCACCAGAGAACACACACAGGAGAGAAACCCUUCGGGUGCGCUGUGUGCGGGAAGGUUUUUGCCGAGUCAUCACAUCUUACAAUACACCAGAGAACACACACGGGAGAGAAACCCUUCACGUGCACUCUGUGCGGGAAGCCCUUUGCAGAUUCAUCACAUCUUAAAAAACACGAGAGGACGCACACAGGAGAGAAACCCUUCAAGUGCACUGUCUGUGAGAAGGCAUUUGCACGGUCAUCAGGUCUUCAGAUCCACCAGAGAACGCACACAGGAGAUAAACCCUUCAAGUGCACUGUCUGUGAGAAGGCAUUUGCACGGUCAUCAGGUCUUCAGAUCCACCAGAGAACACACACGGGAGAGAAACCCUUCAAGUGCAGUGUGUGUGAGAAGGCAUUUUCAUGUUCAUCUACUUUUAAAAGGCACCAGAGAACACACACAGGAGAGAAACCCUUCAGGUGCACUCUGUGCGAGAAGCCCUUUGCAGAUUCAUCACAUCUUAAAAAACACGAGAGAACGCACACAGGAGAGAAACCCUUCAAGUGCACUGUCUGUGAGAAGGCAUUUGCACGGUCAUCACAUCUUCAGAUCCACCAGAGAACACACACGGGAGAGAAACUCUUCAGGUGCCUUUUGUGCAAUAAAGCAUUUGCAAAGUCAUCAGAUCUUGAAAAACACCAAAGAACAAACAAAGGAGAGAAACCCUUCAAGUGCACUGUGUGCGGAAAGGCAUUCAGACGGUCAUCAUAUCUUCAAAAGCACCAGAGAACACACACAGGAGAGAAACCCUUCAAGUGCACUCUGUGCGGGAAGCCCUUUGCAGAUUCAUCACGUCUUAAAAAACACCAGAGAACGCACACAGGAGAGAAACCCUUCAAGUGCACUGUGUGUGAGAAGGCAUUUGCAUGGUCAUCAGAUCUUCAGAUCCACCAGAGAACACACACAGGAGAGAAACCCUUCAAGUGCACUGUCUGUGAAAAGGCAUUUGCAUGGUCAUCAGGUUUUCAGAUCCACCAGAGAACACACACGGGAGAGAAACGUUUCAAGUCCAGUUUGUGUGGGAAGGUAUUUUCAGGUUCAUUUAAUCUUAAACGGCACCAGAGAACACACACAGGAGAGAAAUCCUUCAAGUGCAGUGUGUGUGAGAAGGCAUUUGCACAGUCAUCAGUUCUUCAUCGACACCAGAGAACACACAGGCAUCAGAAGAUCCCCAAGGAGUGUAGUCUGAAAUCGACUUGUGAAAGUCAAAGUGCUGCAAUGAGCCCAUCCCUCCUGAAAAAAGAACCAGAAGUGAAUUCCAGCCUGGACAUUAUGAAAUGUUUAAAGGUGAAAUUUGAAGAAGUGACGGUGAAGAGCGAAGAACUGAAGGUGAAAUGUGAAGAUGAAGAUUCAACUCCAAAAUCGGACCUUCACAUCGAUGGAUGCAACGUGAAGCAGGAGCUGAAUUCUGACUGUGAGGCAGAGCAAGGCAACUCCCAGCAGUUUGUGGAAGUGGAGGUGUGGGUGGACUUCUUAGACAAUACGAAGUCAAAUGGAGACCCUGUAGAUAUGUAAGCUUAAGACAAUGAGGCUCCAAUAGA